AUGUCCUCUCCGUCUGCGGUUGCCGAUCUCUUGGCCGCGCUCGCUUACCGGCUUCAAAGCGGAAAUGUAGUUCUCGAAGAAGAACUACAGGAGACUUCCUCAUCUAUGGGACUUGCUAUCUCAGAGCUUAACCGAUCUCUGACUCUGGACAUGGGCGGCGAGGAUUCCGGGGUCAGGGUUUUGGACGCGGCGACAUCUCUAAUGUGCUUCAAGGCACCUCAGGUUUUUGAUUCGGCGAUUGAGUAUCUGGUGAAGACAAUUGUCUGCGUCUUAUCAUCUUCAAUCAGUUUUAGGGUAAUGAAGUAUCACAACGAAGACACAUUACAGUAUAUGAGCUCGAAUCUACCUGGGUGCUCUGAUGAAUUGAUCCAAGUCUCUAAAGAGAUCAUUGAUAAAUUGGGGGCAAACGGAAAAUUGGCUACAAUGUUGUUCCAAGCUGUUGUGAGAUCGGCAGCUUCAACAUCAUGCAGCGUUAUCGCUCCUAGAAAGAAGGGACUUGCUUCGGUCCAUGAGUUUCUUGCCGGUUUGAUCUCUGCAAUAGUUGACAUCAUUUCAAGACCAGCGUGGUGGGGUAUACCAGUGGAACUAGCGUCCUCGUUGCUAUUCUCUGAUGCAUACUUUCCUUUCCAGUGUCAAUUUCUGAGAAUCUUGGCUGGUCCUCUCACCUCCAAGUCACUAGUGAUGUUAGCUCAUACUAUCAGUAAACCAAUUACUGUUCCUGAGCAACAACGUUGGAACACUAAUUGCAAGCCUACUCCAAUGAAGUUUCAAGCAUUAGAUGAUAAAACCGAGUGGGCUUUGGCUAUUAACUUCCCGGAUUGGUUUUAUUUUGCUUCUGCUAUGCUCUUCUCAGAAGGAAACUCGUUAGAACAUAUCCACCGUACAAACACUUCACAAGUUGCUGGCAGUAGACAAGGAAGUGAUGUUGAAGGUAUCUCCAUUGCUGCGGCAACAUAUCUUGCUUGGAUUCUGUACCCUGUAAGUGGAGCCAUCCAAGAAUCACUAACCAAGUCUCUCAUUAGCGUCUCAGAGAUAUGCACCAGAAAAAGUUGCGGCUCAGAAGCAAAUCGUAGUGAGACUAUAACUGGCAAGAGAAAGAAACCAGAUAGACUCAAAGUAAACGUUUCCAGUACUGUGGAAGAUCUGGUCAGAGAAUUUCACAAGAACAUCACCAGUUCGGUUUCUUAUGAAUUGGAUUCUCAGAAAAAGCUUCCAUCUUUCAUCUCUGGCCUCCAAAACAAUUUGUUGGUAAGAAGAGUUGUGGUUGGUGUACUGAUUGGCUCUCCAUAUUCAGUAGCAGAUGAGCAGUAUGAGGUGGUACUGCACUACGCUGCAACUGGGAACAUCCUUACCAUUAAGAAACGGCGAACUUCCGGAUUCAUACAAGCAAAGGGAACCUCUAAAGUAUCUGCUUUGUUGUCGAAUGAAAUCACCAAGGAGGAGGCUGUUGAAGGGACACGUCUUGUUUUCAACUUAACCGACACUUUGGAGAGUAUGUGUGUAUCAAGUUUUGAAGCUGAAGAGGACGCCGAGGAGUUUAUCAACCGGUUUAAGCUGAAAUCGAGCAAGUAUUUGGUGAAAUGCAUUGACAGAUUGAUUCAACUUCACUGUGAAGAAGAUGGAGAUUCAAUACUAAGUGACUUGAAUACCAGACUGCUACAGUGGACAUUAAAAGGACGAGAAGAUCCACAGUUUAACGAAGAUCUUGAUAAUAUCGCUGCUAAACUGGCCUUCAUAUUCUCGCCUGUGUAA